AUGCACGGAGUUUUUGCCCUUUCCGUUCCAGACGAAUACGAAGACCUCUUGGCGGAAUAUCGAGAGGAUCAGAGACUGAAAAAGGAGCUGGAGCAUUUGCAGGGUUGGCAGGUGAAGAGGCUGCACCCACACCAUACAAUUAAAACCUUUGACGACCUCAUGCUUGCACCGCCUCCUCCCGAAGAGGGGAUUCUCUUGGGAGGUUACGUUCUCGAGCCUGUGAGAGCGGAGGACUUUAAUAUGGUGAAGUAUGAGCCCAAGGCCUUCUACGACUUGAACAAGGACGGGCAGAAAGACGUGCUGGGUUCACUGAUUGCAAGACGAACCCAACUUCUCAAUUCGAUGGAUGCUGAGACGCUGGAGGCUUUGACCAAGGGAGCGAUAAUGCUUGGGCAAGUUGUGGAGCAAGCAGGUGGUGACACAAUCGGCCUGAGCCAAGCAAUAAGGGGUAUUGGAGAGGAAGCUCGCACAGUAGCUGCGUCGCGUGCGCCCGAAGACUCUGCGGGAUUCGUGAACCUUAGGACCGGACUUCCCUGUAUUCUGUCACCUGAUAAUCUCUACUGUGUGGCCACCCCCACGACGACAACCACGCAGGCUCCUCCCUCCCUGCUGGAGCUUCGGAAUUACAAAAGAAGAAAAGAAGAGGAAGAGGAGAAGAGGCGUAGCAUGGAACUGGCAGCGCGCUUGGAACAGACGAAGCGCCGGUUCAAUCCAUAUGACCAGCCUGUUUACUUUGACUUGACUGAAGAUCAUUCAGAGAACCCGAUAGAGGAGUUUAAGAAGCAAAUGGCUCUACAGCGAGAGAAGGAAGGCAAAGUAGAGGAACAACAUACCCGGAUAUCAAGUGCCGAUGAAGCACGCACAAUUCUGAGGUUUGCCAGGCGCACCGCUCAGGGCCGACAGCAUCAAACCCCGAUGUCAGAGGCGUCGAUGACGAGAAGACCUACGGGCAGUCUUGUUCCUCCUUCUGCCGCGACCCGAUACGACAGCUCCUCCUCUAAGAUUGUAAUCGCAGGACAGCCAAACUUGGACGCGCGGAAUGCAGCUCCUCUUCGCAGCCUCGUGGACAAAGUCACUCUAGGAGUGAACUUUGGACGUCCUGGCUCACCAAACCGUGAGUUUCCGCCGGAUCUGCCGGAAGCUUCGAUGCUACAGAAGCGAAAAAGGACACAGGAUGUAUUAGUCAAUGGGUCCCAUCUACUCGGCAAUCCCUUGUCGGCCGUGCUUCCAUGCGGUGAACAUCCCAGAGGACGCGAGGGCGCAAGAGGACAGCUGUCACGCACACCACAGGACGUCGGUUUGGUUGAUCGUGUGGAGGGCGUGAAUGACAUGCAUUUCCACUAUCACCGGUAUCUUACCAAAGAACACGCCUAUUCCGCUCCGCGGCGAGAGGCACAGCGACAUCCAUUAUUGAACUCACGUGAAAUGCCGCUGCAAGGUACCGUUAAACCUGAUGACGAGCAGCACACGCACGCGGGUGAAGACGAGAGUAGACAGCCUGAGGUACACUUUGAACCAGUGAAGGAUGACCGAAAAGCUUUGGAAAGCGCUGUUGAAAAUAAGAGCGCCGCCUUCAUUCUUGAGGGUGUGCGCCAAUUCCAGACAGGCAUUCAGUCAGCGAGGCUAUCACCAGACCAGCUGGCGAAGUACCAGGGGGGAAAAGAGCAGCCGAAGUCCCCGUCAAAAGAGGAGCUUGCCAAACAAGAAACGGAUCGCUUGAAAAGGGAGCGCCAGGAACAGCGCGUUGCCCGAUUGAUUGAGAAUUUCACUGCCACAAGUUACGCGGAGGAGCUACGUCGCGCUGCCCUUGCGACGGGUGAUCCCCUGCCUGAAUGCGAGGAAAUCGGAACUCGUCUUCGUGCCUCCUCUCUGCCACCUGUCCUAAAAGAGAAAGUCGAGCGUACCCAACAGCACAGAGCGCAGAAGAAGGGCCAGAAACAGGCGCGACAGGAACGGGAAAGAGGAGACCGGCAAAGGGCUGACACCGACAACCGUAUUCAGCAGCUGGAUGCAGACCUAACAGAGCACACGCUGUCAUCCAUAGGAGGAUACCUCCAGGCGGACGAAACGCGGUCCUCCCGCAAAUCCUCGAGAACCAACUCUAGAGAAAAGGCUGCAGGAGCGUUCCCCCUUCUUGGUGACCUUAGCGGGAAGUCAGGUAUGGAAAACGAUGCCGCAGUUGACUCCACGAACAACAUGCAGCGCCGUCCGGGGGACAAGCGAAGACGUGCAUGGAAAGCGGACGGGGAAGCCGACAGUUACACACGCCAUCCUGGCAGCUCCGGAACGGCUGUCGCUCCUUCAGAACAAAACGCCGCGGUCGGCAUAAGCCCGUCUGCUCGUGUGGUAUGGCUCUAUGGUGAUGAUGACAAAAACCCUUUCCACAUACAUCCACGACUCCCCGCUCUAUGA